AUACAUUCGUCCAGGCAGCCGUGUCGUGCGGGAGCAGCUCGCAAACUGGCUCGUCGAUGAUGAUUGCAAUCGCGGGCCUGCCAAUUGUUGAUAAAUAAUGCACGAGCCGUCGCGGCGUUGAUCAGUUCCGAGCGAAAAUUCCAGCGUGCACUUGAAACAUUUCCGUUUGCGUUCCGAACCGUCGUGACGUCUACAUGAUUGUUCGAGGUGAUUGUGUGAUUGAAGCAGCAGGAAAAUCAGUGCAGUACAACGCAGUGUGACCAGUGCGCAUUAAUUCGUGGAUUAAAACGCGAUUUCAUAUCAAGGCGCGCUGGUUCUGAAUCUGAAUCCACACACGACGUUUGUUUGUGUUUGUCAGCGGGUUUUGUUUACGAUUCUGUGUGUGGUGUGUGUCGCCAUUAUUAAAAAUUCGUUGCGGAAGUCGCAGGAAGAAGAAAUUUUAUCCGAAAAUGGAAUUGCCAGUCACGCUUAUCGUCAAGGCCCCCAAUCAGCAGAUUGAGGAUCAGACUGUACAGUGUGAAUUGACUUGGACAAUCAAUAUGUUGAAACAACACUUAUCUGAGGUCUACCCAAGCAAACCACCGAAAAACGAGCAGAAAUUAAUCUAUUCGGGUAAAUUAUUGAAUGACGGUGUGGUUCUCAAAGAUAUCUUGAGGCAGUAUGAAGGACAAGACACACAUACAGUUCAUUUGGUCUGUACACCAAAAUUCAGCCCGAAAACAACCAGAAUUACGCCUGCGACAACUCCAGCUGAACAACCCGCCGUGGAGAAUCUCGUCAACAAUGCAAGACCCACGGUGGCGGAUCAUCGAGUGCCCAAUAUGCAGUGGUAUGAUAAUAUGCAGUUCAAUAAUGUGCAGCCGAAUGUCCAGCCAGCGCCGAAUAUGGAUCCGCAGAUGAUGCAGAUGAUGAUGAUGCAGCAGGCUUUCAUGCAGGCGUACUACACGCAGUAUCAGUACAUGAAUAUGAAUUUCAGACAAAAUUACACAAAUCAACCACAAGAUGUCCCCGGUGAAGCCCCAGUAGCACAACCCCAGCCACCCGCCCCACCAGCCGCCGCCAACCUCCCGCGAGACAACCCCGAACUAAACCGCGACUGGCUGGAUGUCUUCUACAUGCUCAGCCGCACGAUGAUAUUCAUCAGCAUCGUCUAUUUCUACUCCAGCCCUGUGCGCUGUGUGGUAGUGGUAGCACUCGCCUUCUCCCUGUAUCUCUACCAGAUCGGAUUCUUCCGCAACGUGAACAUAAACAACAACAAUAUCGUCGCAGGUGAUCCGGUAGCUGCAGCAGCUGGCGGAGGUGGCGCUGCUGAUGCACAGCCUGCGCCAGCCGCGGCUGGCAACGAUGCGCAAGAUGUCCUCCAACCCACACGCCUAAUGAUCCUCUGGACCUUUUUCACGACGUUCUUCGCCUCACUCCUACCCGAGAUACCCAACGUGGUUUAGAAGUAGCAGCAUCACACACGCCCGCGAUAGCGUUUACCAAAAAUAUUAAAUUCACCAGCGUUCGACGACGACGACUUUAUUAUGUUCCAUGUGUUGUAAGUUGUUUGGUGUAUCUGUACAUAAUGAUAAAACCGGGGAAUGUUUGCAAGUAUGAAAUUCAUAGUUGUAUAUAGAAAUGUUUAGGCAGGCCGCGGCAAUGAUAUGCUUUGGAUUACAUAGCGUGGUUUCAUUUCGUGUGAUCUGGAAUGUGUUUUAUCAUCGCGCUUGUUUACACACACACACACACACUCUCUAUUUAAAGAUGUUGAUAUGUUGGAACAAUCGCUGGUUUUGUUUCACAAUUGACGAAAUAUGAAUCUAGGUGAAGAUGUGUGAUCCGUACAUAUAAUAUAAACAGAUAUUUAUAAUAUUAAAGAAUACUAUUAUUAAAAUAUUUAGAAAAAA